UUGACAUCUUCAUUUACCAAAGUACAUACAAUUUACAAACAUGUCAAGUACCACAAGAAAUCUUAGGAACCUUGGCCUAUGCUUUUCAAAUUCCAUUCCUCAAUCAAAAUCUCCACCUACAAGUCCCACUCCUACCACUACUAGUGCAUCUUCCUCACAUCAACAUCAUCAUCAAAUUCAUGACAAACCUUCUUCAUCUACAUCUUCCACAUCAAUUAUGAUCAAGAACUUCAACUCUCUCUAUGACCCUUCCUUAACCUCUUCUAACCACACUUUAUGCUCUUCUUCACUCUCUACCACUUUUACCACAUCCACUUCUUUCGAAAUCGAACCCGAACCUGAGCCAGUGGACUUCGCGGCAGCCUUUGCAUCUCAACGCUUCUUCUUCUCCUCCCCCGGAAGCUCCAACUCACUAAUCGAAUACACAAACAAAAAUAUCAUCCAACAUUCUUCAAUACCAUUGACAGAUAAGUCCAAUAGUGUUAAGCGUGAAAAGAAAGAGAAGAUAGAGAAAGAGGAUGUUUUGUUCAACGGAAGUGUGGCAGUACCAACCUAUUCUCCCGACCCUUAUACAGAUUUCAGGAGGUCGAUGCAAGAGAUGGUGGAGGCGCGGCCCGAGUUGAUGGAUGUGAAAUCAAAUUGGAAUAUCUUGCAUGAGUUGCUUCUAUGUUACCUUGCUCUAAACCCAAAGAAUACUCACAAGUACAUUCUUGGUGCUUUUGCGGAUCUCCUCGUUACCCUCAUGUCAUUCUAGUCAUGAUUCUAAAUUGCAGUUACGAAUACGCUACAUAUUUUUUAUAUUGCAAGAAAAUGUACCUAUUGCAUAGACUUCUAAGAUUUUAUAUUGCGGUCGCAAUUGCAGAGUGUUGUUGUUUAGAUUAUUUUGUUGUAAAUUAAAAUGAUAUCAAAGAAUGUAACGUGGAUGCCAGAUAAUGAUUUGUCUCAUCAUAAUCAAUUAAUCUGCUACUUCAUUCAUCCAUGUUCAUUUUUUUCUUGAUUUGGUUAAUUUUAACAAGUGAGUACUUGAGUAU